UACGUUGAACCCACAUUCAAGGCAACAAUGGUGCUUUUUAAACGUACCAAAUUACUCAACAAUAAAAACCUCAUUUUUCUACGUGCAAAGAAUCAAAAUAAAAAUGGAAGUUUAUUACAUAUUAAAUUUAUAUCAAAUAAAUCUACGAAUGAUGUGACAAUAAAUUUAUCAAAUGGAAGUCAAAUGAUAUUAUCAGCUGGAAAAUAUGCACGCUUUACAAGUGGAUGUGUUACUGCCAAAAUGGGCGAAACGUCGGUUAUGACAACUGUAGUAAGGAAAAGUGUACCGGAUGACACUUCCAUGGUUCCAUUAAUUGUAAACUAUCGACAAAAAGCAGCUGCCAUAGGCCGCAUACCAACCAACUUUCUUCGUAGAGAACUAGGCCAAUCUGAACAAGAAAUUCUUACAAGCAGAGUAAUAGACAGAUCUUUACGACCUUUGUUCAACCAAAGAUAUUCUUAUGAAACACAACUUGUAUGUAAUUUAUUAGCUGUAGAUGGAGUUCAUGAUCCAGACAUAUUAUCUAUUAAUGCUGCAUCAGCAGCGUUAAGUAUUUCAGAUAUUCCAUGGAAUGGGCCCGUAGGGGCAGUGAGAGUUGGAAUGAUCGAUAAAAAACAUGUUAUUAAUCCUACAAGGCGUGAACUCCAAGAAAGUUCACUAAACUUAAUGUUAGCUUGUACAUCUAAAAAUCUUGUUGUUAUGAUGGAAGGAUCUGCCAAUGAUAUUUUAGAACCAGAUCUUAAAAAAGCAAUACGAUUAGGUACCAAGGAAUGUCAAACAAUUAUACAGUCCAUAGCAAAUUUACAAAGUGAAAUGGGAAAGCCUAAAUUUGAAAUUGAAACUGAUCAAGAGCUUGACCAAAAUGUACUGAAAUUUGUAAAGGAAUUUUCAGAAUCGGAGCUACAUAAUAUUUUUACGUGUUAUUCUUACGAUAAGAUAUCACGCGACAAUGCCAUAUCAUAUCUUAAAAAUAAAAUGUUGGAAAGUAUAAGCGAUCACGAUUCAAAAUUUAUCGCAGCAGCUACAAAAGCUUUUAGUACCAUUACCAGAGAAGUUUUUAGAUCCGUGGUAUAUCAAGUAGAGAAGAGAUGCGAUGGACGGGAAUUUGAUGAGCUGAGACCAAUAGAAUGUCAAGUAGACUUGUUUAAACCACUUCAUGGUUCAUCUUUCUUCCAAAGAGGACAAACUCAAGUUCUCUGCACAGUAACCCUCGACAGUAUUGAGAGUUCUCUUAAAUUGGAUAAUAUUUCAAUGUUAACUAGUGGCAUAAAGGAAAAACAUUUUUUCCUGCAUUAUGAAUUCCCUCCAUAUGCAACAAAUGAAACGGGUAAACUUACAGGAGCCAAUCGUAGAGAGAUAGGUCACGGGGCAUUAGCAGAGAAAGGAUUGCGGGCAGUUAUACCAAAAGAUUAUCCAUUUGCUAUAAGAUUGACAAGCGAAGUAUUAGAAUCAAAUGGUUCUUCUUCAAUGGCUACUGUUUGUGGUGGUAGUUUAGCAUUAAUGGAUGCAGGGGUUCCAAUAUCGUCUGCAGUUGCCGGUGUAGCUAUGGGACUAAUAUAUAAUCCAAACAUCGGAAACAGUGUAUCCGACGACGACUUUAAGAUAUUAACGGAUAUAUCGGGUAUAGAAGAUUAUUUUGGAGAUAUGGAUUUUAAAAUAGCAGGUACGAAAAAAGGAUUUACCGCUUUACAAGUAGACGUGAAAGUACCAGGUAUCCCUUUGAAGAUAGUAAUGAAGGCUAUACAGAAAUCAGCUACAGCAAAGAGUCGAAUCCUUAAUAUAAUGAAUCGAGUGAUAGCAGCCCCGGCGGAAAGUGAUAGAAAGAAUAAACCUGUGCACGAUACUAUAGAAGUGCCUGUGCACCAGAGAGGAAGGUUUCUUGGCAUAGGAGGAACAAAUUUGAAAAAGAUUUAUCACGAAACUGGAGUUAAUAUAUAUCCACAAAGUGAUACAGAGUUUUCCUUGUUUGCACCUAAUCAGACUGCGAUGGACGAAGCGAAAGAAAUGAUCGCUCAAAGUCUGCAGAAAGAUAAUGAACCGACAUUAAUAUUUGGCGACAUUUAUAAAGCAAAAAUAACCGAAAUUCGUGAAACUGGAGUUAUGGUUACGUUGUAUCCUACCAUGGUGCCAACAAUGUUACCCAACUCGCAGUUGGAUCAGCGUAAAAUACAUCAUCCCAGUGUUCUUGGUCUUAAUGUUGGGGACGAAAUACAAGUGAAGUAUUUCGGACGAGAUCCUGUUAGCGGUCAUGUUAGAUUAUCGCGAAAAGUGUUACAGGAUCCGGUUUCUUUCGUCAGAAAUUUCAGUAGUACAGAAGAGACUUUGGAAACACAUAAAACACAAAUAUGAAAAUUCACCGAAGAUGGAGGCUUACCAACUUCAAGAGAAGUCGAAUGAAAAUAAGAUAUCCGACUUGGAGAACAAACCUGAUACAGAUACAAAAGAGAAUUGAUUGUGCAGAUAUUUGUAGAAUAAAAUGAUUUAUAGUUCAAUAAAAUGCGAAAAACAG